AUUAAUAAUAUAAAAUAUUCUAAUUGGUUUAAUUCAUUUUUUUUUUUAUUUUUAAUAAUAAUAAUAAAUUUUUUUUUUAUAAUUUAUUUUAUUAUAAAUGAUAUAGUAAUUUUAAUAGAGUGAGAAAUUAUUUCUUUUAAUUCAUUAAGAAUUGUAAUAUCUAUUUUAUUAGAUUGAAUAUCUUUAUUAUUUAUAAUAUUUGUUUUUUUAAUUUCUUCUGUUGUUAUUUAUUAUAGAAAAAGAUAUAUAAGAUCGGAAUUAAAUUUAAGUCGAUUUAUUAUUUUGGUUUUAUUAUUUGUUUUUUCUAUAAUAUUAUUAAUUAUUAGACCAAAUAUUAUUAGUAUUUUAUUGGGUUGAGAUGGUUUAGGUUUAGUUUCUUAUUGUUUAGUAAUUUAUUAUCAAAAUUUAAAAUCUUAUAAUGCUGGUAUAUUAACAGCUUUAUCUAAUCGUGUAGGUGAUGUAUUUAUUUUGAUUGUAAUUUCUUGAAUAUUGAAUUAUGGUAGAUGAAAUUAUGUUUUUUAUUUAGAGUUUAUAAAUAAUGAUUGAGAAAUAAUAAUAAUUGGUAGAAUAAUUAUUAUAGCUGCUAUAACUAAAAGUGCUCAAAUUCCUUUUAGAUCUUGAUUACCAGCUGCUAUAGCUGCUCCCACUCCUGUUUCAGCUUUAGUUCAUUCUUCUACUUUAGUGACAGCGGGGGUUUAUUUAUUAAUUCGAUUUAAUAUAAUAUUAUUAGAUAUAUUUUUUUUAAAGUUAUUAUUAUUAUUAUCAGGUUUAACUAUAUUUAUAGCGGGAAUUUCUGCUAAUUAUGAAUUUGAUUUAAAAAAAAUUAUUGCUUUAUCAACAUUAAGACAAUUAGGUUUAAUAAUAAGAAUUUUAAGAAUAGGAUUACCUGAUUUAGCUUUUUUUCAUUUAUUAACUCAUGCUAUAUUUAAAGCUUUAUUAUUUAUAUGUGCAGGUAUUAUUAUUCAUAUAAUAAAUGAUAUUCAAGAUAUUCGUUUUAUAGGGGGAAUUGGAGUAUAUAUUCCUUUAACUUCUUUAUGUAUAAAUAUUUCUAAUAUAGCUUUAUGUGGAAUUCCAUUUUUAGCUGGUUUUUAUUCUAAGGAUUUAAUUUUAGAGUUAGUUAGAUUUAGAAAUUUAAAUUUAUUAAUUUUUUUUUUAUAUUAUAUUUCCACUGGUUUAACAAUAUUUUAUAGAUUUCGUUUAAUAAUAUAUUUAAUAGUAAAUGAUUUUAAUUUAUUAAGAAUUUAUAAUUUAUAUGAUGAAGAUUAUGUUAUAUUAAAAAGAAUAUUUAUUUUAUUGUUUAUAAGAAUUAUUAGAGGUAGAUUUUUAAGUUGAAUAAUUUUUUCUUAUCCUUAUAUAAUUUAUUUACCUUUUAAUUUAAAAAUAAUGGUUAUUUAUGUUAGAUUAAUUGGUGGAGUUUUAGGUUAUUUUAUUAGAAAUAUAAAAAUUUAUUCAAUAAAUAAAUUUAAAAUAACUUAUACUUUAAGAAAUUUUUUAUGUUUAAUAUGAUUUAUACCUAAUUUAUCAACUUAUGGGUUAAGAUAUCAUUUUCUUAAUUUAGGUCAAUAUUUGUUAAAAAAUAUUGAUAUAGGGUGAAGAGAAAUUUAUAGAGGUUUUGGUAUAAUACAAUUAAUAAAAAAAUAUUCUGUUUUAUAUAAUGUUUAUCAAAUAAAUAAUUUUAUAAUUUAUUUAUUUAGAUUUAUUAUUUGAAUAUUUAUUAUAUUUAUAGUAUUAAUAUUUAAUAUUUAA